AUGCCUCCCGCUAUAAUGAUAGCUCCUCCUUCGGAGAGUCCUCUGAAAAUUACUCCCAAUGCGAAAGAUUGGAAUGCAACUUUUCCUAGUUCGUUCGAUUGUAAGGAUGAAUCCGACCUGUUUAUGUCCCGCUGCUUGUAUGUCGCCUUCUCUCACAUCUUAGAAAGCAGACGUCUGAUCCCUCCAGAAGUGUUCAAAAAAAGAACUAUCGAAGAUGUGGUGAAAACUUAUGUAAUGAACUUGAAACAUCCAUUAGGCUUGAGGAUAGCUAAUAAGUUCCGCGGAGCUGGUGAAGCCAUCAAAGCUGGCUAUAUGGAUACCUUCGUACUCGUGAUUUCGGAAAAUGGUCAAAAUCCUGAUGAUGCUAUCGAAGUUUAUACUUGGAAAAUGCAUUACAAUGAGGAUGGAACUUGCAGUGCCUCGCUGUCUAGUCGUGAUCAAGAAGCUUUGGCCAACAUUGUCUAUACUGGUCCGGAAUCCGUGAGAAAACAAACUCGUGCUCUCUUACAAAGAGUCCGCUUUGUGUGCCGUAAUUUACUGAGCUCUCUUCCUGAUGACGUGUGCCCAUCAUUCAGAAUAACCUACACCAAAAAUACUCCCAAAGGCUAUCAAGCAGAAGGUUUCAAACCUCAUCCUAGAAUGGAAAUUUAUAAUCUGGAUCAAAGAGCUAAAGAUGUCAAUAUAUCCGGAGUAGCAACUGCUCAUACUAAGAUGCUGCUUUCCAUCAAGAGUAUUUACAUCGACGAUGAAUAUACAUUCUGUUGCCGACUUAACGAAGUAGAUCAUGCUGACGUCGGAGAUGUUUCAUUACUAAAUAUGAGUGUUGAUAACCACUCUUCGGACGAUUCAAUCGAACAAGCUCGCCAUGAGAUGAACUCAAGUGUUGAAUCUAUGACAACAGGAAAACCGCGAAGAGGCAGCAAACGUAUGAUCAAGAUUGAUGAAGGCGCUAAACUAAAUGUGAGCUCGGAUCUUCGUACUUCUCGUAGAGGAGCCCCGAAAAAGGUUAAUCGAAAUCAAAAGGAGAAAACUCCUAUCGAACUCAACUUCCCUGGUUAUGUAAGCGAUGUUACCAAACUGUCCCCGGAAUGCACUCCUAAAAAGUGA